AUGAAUGUAUGUUCACGGAAGAAGGAAGGAAAAUUUGGAAAUGGAACAUCUUGCUGUGCUGGGUACCAGUGGGAUCAAGUGCAAAAGAGUUGUUUACCGUGUAAAUUGGGUUACACUGGAGCAAACUGUGACACCAAAUGCUUCUAUCCUUCCUACGGAAAAGACUGUCAGUCAAUUUGUAACUGUACAGAACUUUUCUGUGAUCACGAGAGCGGCUGUAGAAAUUUAACAAACGGAUAUUUUCAGAAUAUCUGUAAAGGAAAAAACGGAGGGACUGUUUGUUGUCAGGGAUACAAGCUGAAUAGAGAGAAGACGGAGUGUGAACCCUGUGAAAAAGGGUACACAGGACAAAACUGUGAGAAUGUUUGUCCUUUCCCUUCAUAUGGUAUGGACUGUCAGUCAGUAUGUAACUGUACAGAACUCUUCUGUGAUCAUGUAAACGGCUGUGGAAAUUCAACAGACAAAAGUGUUCAGAACAUCUGUAAUGGAAAAAACGGAACUGUUUGCUGUUACGGAUACAAGCUGAAUAGUGAGAGGACGGAAUGUGUGCCAUGUGAAGAGGGGUACACGGGACAAAACUGUGAGAUUGUUUGUCCUUUCCCUUCGUAUGGUCUAGACUGUCAGUCAAUAUGUAACUGUGCAGAAACAACCUGUGAUCAUGUGAAUGGGUGCAGAGGAUAUUCAUCCGCUUGCGAUAAGGGAUACAAAGGACAAAGCUGUGACGUCAUUUGCCCAUACCCUUUUCAUGGUAUGGACUGUGAGUCAAUAUGUAACUGUACAGAGACAAACUGUGAUCAUGUGAAUGGCUGCAUGGAACUUUCAACAGAAACACCCAUGCCACAAAACUCCAUGAAAACUGUUAACGAAGACCGUUUCCAAAAACUGUCAGCGAACAGAAAGCAGCCACUGCUAAUGAUUGGAAUCGGUGUUCUUGCAGCAGUGGCUUUAUUCGUAGCUCUUGCUAUAUUCUAUACCUACCGACUGGAAAACUCCAAUAAAGAAAUCGAUUCCAAUAUUUACUAUAGCAUUAAAUAGUGGAAUCAUUAUUAGAAUGCUUUUGCUAAGUAUAUAAUGCUAUCGCCUUGUGAAAUGUACCCCUUGGAUAUGACACCUUUUCCCCUACGACUGACGUUGAGUGACUUUGAUCUGGACACUCUCAAUUGACAUUCAGUUUAUUCAAGUAAUACGGUGAUUGAAGUAACUCUGUACAUUUACUUUUCCAUUAUUAUCUAUUGUUAGAAAUAUUUUGUUAUGUAUAUAUAAUUGAUGGCCAUGUUUAAUUAUUCGGCAGUUGGAGAGCGACAGUCAAGGCGCUCGUACCACCAACUCUCGACCUCGCGGAAUAGUGUAAUAAGUUUGUGGAAUUUUGAUAAAUGUAAAACGAAUACCGAUCGACUUAUACAUUUUCCGAGGGUCAUAAUACGCUCACUUCUAGCCUGUGAAUUUUAUUGCUGAUACAUGUCCUUCUUAAUCUCUAGAAAUUUUCCUUAAUAUCCAGAUGUAUUUAGUUUUUUAACGUUGAUCCUGGUUUACAAGAUUUGAUGUUAAUUUCUUCUUUGAUUCACAUGUAUCCACUUUUGUAAAUAGCAACUCAAGGUAGCAGAAAAAUAUAUUUUUUGGAGAAUCAAACUACCGAUAAUAUCAUACAUUUUUAAUUUGAUUGUACACAUCAGUAUUAUAUAAUAGCACACGUGCUGUCUGUGAGUAAAUGUUUGAGAUCAAAAAGUAAAAUAGUCAUCUCGAAUGAUUUCCUGUGGUUACAUAUAAUUUAAUUUUAUCAUUCUCAUAGCAUAUGUUAGUAAUUAUACUCCGAUAAACCUUCAAGGGAUAAGGUCACGAUUUUUGUAACAAAAAAAAAUAUUUUUCGGAAUGUAGUGUUUACCUUUAUACAUUUUAAUUGGCAACGAUCAUUUUAGCGCCAUUCGUUGAGUUAUAAGCGAGUUACAGUUACAAUUCUUUGCUAUAUAAACAAAGCCUUUGUUUCAUGUUAAAUAUUGGAGUGCAAAUUCCAGUUUUAGGCCUAAAAUGAAUGUGUAGAUUGAUUUUAACUGUUAAUUAAUGCUUGAAAUCAGCUUGAAAUAAGAUUUUUACUGGUAUAUUGAAAUUAUGUAAUCAGAAAAGGCCACGCGCCUUGUUUACAAGACAAAUGAUUGUGAGCCCUGUAUCUUGCUUAUACAUGUACCACUAUUUCUGACUCUCAGAUUUUAUUUGAUCUUUAACAAUGCAUAUCAAAAACAUUGCAAUUAACAAAAACAAAAUGUAGAAUUUGACCAAAAUAGUGACCAUGCCUCUUUUAAUAUUAUACCAUAUUUAAAAAUAUUUUUGAUCAAUGUUCUUUAGUCUCAUCAUUACGUAGGGCCAAGAUGUUAAAGUAUUUGAGUUUGUGUAGUUGCAUUUUGAAAAUGAUCAAUGAUUUUUAAUUUUCAUUAUGAUGUACAUACAUGUAUUAAGCGGUUCAUGCAGAAGAAAAUUUUCCGAAUAACACGUCAAAGAUUAAAGAAAAAGUUAACAUUUAAUUUAAAGAAUCGUUAGUUUUCAAUUAUUGAAUGUCAGGUCCUUCAGUAAACAUUAUCUUUUUAAAGACAAUAACAAAUUGUCAACCAUCUCAAACAUAGCGAAAUACAAAUUAAAAGCAAAGCAAACACGGAACUCUAAAAGGAUAGAGGUUGGAUCAGGUGCCUUGGAGGAGUAAGCAUUCCCUGUCAACAGGUCGCACCUGCCGUGUGCUCAUUG